CUCAAGCCUGGCACAACCAGGGCAGCGAAAGAACAGGAAGAAAGGGAAAGGAGGAGGAGGACGCUGCGCGACGCAUAGAGGAAGGACUGCCUCUGAUCGGACGCUUUAAACAGUGAAAAGGCGUCGCCCAGCUUAGCGAAGACGCCCAGGGUUCUUGCUGCUGGGAUCGGCUCUGGAACUGCAAUAAUAACAAGAAUAGUAAUAAUAAUAACAACAACAACACUAAUAAUAUACAGAAGAAGAGCAGACGAUCUCAUCGGUGCAACACGAUCGGAAAGCACAGAUGGACCAGCAGGCCCAGCCUUACAUGCUCGCCAGCCUGACGCGUCCACACUCCGAGCAGCUUCUGCAGGGCCUCCAGCUGCUACGGCAGGACCGCGAGCUAUGUGACGUGGUGCUGCGUGUGGGCGACGCCAAGAUCCACGCCCACAAGGUGGUGCUGGCCAGCAUCAGCCCCUAUUUCAAGGCCAUGUUCACGGGGAACUUAUCAGAGAAGGAGAACUCUGAGGUGGAGUUCCAGUGCAUCGAUGAAGCCGCUCUUCAGGCCAUCGUGGAGUACGCCUACACGGGCACGGUGUACAUCUCCCAGGACACGGUGGAAUCCUUACUCCCGGCCGCCAACCUGCUUCAGGUGAAGCUGGUGCUGAAGGAGUGCUGUGCCUUUCUGGAAAGCCAGCUAGACGCUGGCAACUGCAUUGGCAUCUCCCGGUUCGCCGAGACCUACGGCUGCCACGACCUCUGCCUGGCCGCCACCAAAUUCAUCUGCCAGAACUUCGAGGAGGUGUGUCAGACGGAGGAGUUUUUCGAGCUGACGCGCUCCGAGUUGGACGAGAUCGUCUCCAACGACUGCCUGAAGGUGGUCACCGAGGAGACCGUCUUCUACGCCCUGGAGUCCUGGAUCAAGUAUGACGUCACGGAGCGGCAGCAGCACCUGGCCCAGCUGCUGCACUGCGUCCGGUUGCCUCUGCUCAGUGUCAAGUUCCUCACCCGUCUCUACGAGGCCAACCAUCUGAUCCGCGAUGAUCACGCCUGCAAGCACCUCCUCAACGAGGCCCUCAAGUACCACUUCAUGCCUGAGCACCGGCUCUCCUACCAGACGGUGCUGUCCACCCGGCCACGGUGUGCUCCCAAAGUGCUCCUCGCUGUAGGAGGCAAGGCUGGCCUCUUUGCCACCCUGGAGAGUAUGGAGAUGUACUUCCCUCAGACCGACUCGUGGAUCGGCCUGGCGCCACUCAGCGUGCCCCGCUAUGAGUUUGGUGUGGCCGUACUGGACCAGAAAGUGUACGUGGUGGGCGGCAUCGCCACACACAUGCAGCAGGGCAUCAGCUACCGGCGGCACGAGAGCACAGCCGAGUGCUGGGAUCCCGACAGCAACACCUGGUCACCAGUGGAGCGCAUGGCCGAGUGCCGAAGCACGCUGGGUGUGGCCGUGCUGGCCGGCGAGCUCUACGCCCUGGGCGGCUACGACGGCCAGUACUACCUGCAGUCGGUGGAGAAGUAUGUCCCCAAGAUGAAGGAGUGGCAGCCGGUGGCACCCAUGACCAAGUCACGCAGCUGCUUUGCCGCCGCCGUGCUGGACGGCAUGGUGUACGCCAUCGGCGGCUAUGGCCCCGCCCACAUGAACAGUGUGGAGAGGUAUGACCCCAGCAAAGACUCCUGGGAGAUGGUGGCGCCCAUGGCGGACAAGAGAAUCAACUUUGGGGUGGGCGUCAUGCUAGGAUUUAUAUUUGUGGUGGGCGGACACAACGGGGUCUCUCACCUGUCCAGCAUUGAGAGGUAUGACCCCCACCAAAACCAGUGGACGGCAUGCCGACCAAUGAACGAACCACGGACUGGAGUGGGAUCUGCAAUCGUCGACAACUUCCUGUAUGUAGUGGGCGGUCACUCGGGCUCGUCGUACCUGAACACGGUCCAGCGCUACAACCCAAUUGCGGACAGCUGGCUGGACUCCAGCGGCAUGAAGUACUGUCGCUGUAACUUUGGCCUCACCGCUCUUUGACGUCGGUGCAGCUGCUGAGGACUCCGUAAGGGAAGGCAGGCACUUCAGUUCCACUUUUUUUUUUGGUCAUUAUAAUUUCUUCUCCUUCCUGUGUGUUUUCACGGGACUGAAGAGGCACGGAAACUUAAGGGGAUGUGCCCUGUCUGAAUGGGCCCGACCCCAGAACCGUGGGCAGGACUGCAGGAUGUGGGGGCCCCUGACGUCAAGGUCCAGGUGACAGGAGUGAGGACCCCACUGGGACGAGGGCUCUCGCGUUCGCCCUGUGGCCUGUCGGAGAAUGGUGGGGUGCUUCUGUCCCAUUUUCGAAGCGCUCCUGUUUCAUCAGGAUGUUACUUUUGGUGGUUUGCCAGUACCAGUGAUUCCCACUGCAUCCGUGCCACGCGAACUGCGAGCGUGAGGAGCUGUUAACCACUGUCGCUUUGCCUGCUGGAUUUAUUUUUUUAUUAAUAAUACAGUUUUUACUUUGUUUCCCUGCUGUAAGCAGAUAUUCCAGUUCUUGAUUAAUUCUGAGUGUGUAUGUAACAGAUUGUGAGACUGUGUGUGUGUGUGUGUUUGUGAGAGAGCGAGAGACAGAGAGUUUGUGAAUGUGUGACAUACUCAGGCAAGUUUAGUAAGUCACACACUGUUGGCAUCUGUGAACCAGUGCUUCACGAAAAAGUACAAAAAAAUCAAUUUCUAUUCACUUUAAAGGGCUGCCUUUUCUCUCUUGUAAAUAUUUGAAACAAAGACUAUAUAUAUAUAUCUCCCCUCUAGUGCAUUGCCUGUAAAUGUUUUCUGCACUGGGUUACUAGUUAGGGUAUGUUUAUGUGUGUGUCUCUGAGAGGGUGGUGUUAGAGGGGACCAUGUGACCAUGUGAUCUCAGCUCUGCAGGCCCACUAGCUCUUCGGGAAGUGGUGUCACACUUUGCUGAUCUUUGAACCAGGCAAGGAAUUUCAAGUUUGUAGCCUCCCAGAUGGCCAGUGAUUGAGUGGCGUGGCAUGGGUUUAACAUUCUUUUGUUAUUUUUUUUUUGCCUCAGAAACGCUGGGGGGGGGGGGGGGGGGUUAAACACAAUACUCUUAUCUGGUGCUACUCAAGGAUUCAGGAUCAAGCUGUCAAUGAUGUCUUUAUGGCUGUGUGAUGCCUCACUCUGCAUGAGUUACCUUCACUUAUCUGUGCCGUCCUUUAUUUUCCAAUCCAAUGUGUCGAUACGUUUGUGUGUUUAGAAGGAGAAGAACAUGAGCAGGCCUGGCCCAGCAAUAAAAUUCUGUACUGAGCUGCGACGUGAAUAGUCAGUGCCAGAAAAACAGCGGACCUGCAGACUCUCCAGGCAAAUAUUUUGAACAGCACAGUUGUUAGAACUAAUCAGCCCCAUAAUUAAGCCAAUAAGGGUUGCCCCCCCCCCCCCUCGGAUUACAGAGGGAGAAUCCAGCCUGUAGGACCGCUCUCAAAAGCUUCACUGCCAGUGGGAGAGGGGGGGGGGGGGGGGGGGGGGGUGAACACACGCACAUCUCAGAGACAAAGUGCCAAAACCCCCCCCCCCCGGAUUUGCCAGUGGAGGGCACGAGGAGGCUGCACGCUCGAGCCUGAUGCCAGAAUAAAAAUCAUGAGGGGGUUCGUGUGGCAUGGGGGCCUCUUUGGUGGAACACUCUGCCUGGCCUGUAUGUUCGGUGUGGUGAUUCUCCUCUUUAAUGCCCACAGGGCAAGAGGGGAAAACUGGUGGCAAAUGAGCACCGAUCCCAUCAAGGGUAACUCUUACUGGACUCUGCACAGUAGCAGCUGGUGUGGGUGAGAAGGAACAGGGUUAGAUGCCUGGUAAUAUGUAUUUAUCAUUAAAUCAUAUUGGUCAAAGCAAAAGAACACACUGAAUACCCUGAAGAUGUGCCACGCUGUCCGCCGAUGCCUGUACGCCUGGAAGCGUAAACCGGCUCCACAUCACACUUGUCGGUCAGGUCAUUUCCUGCAUUUCGCUAAAGUCGUGUCGAAGGCAAUAAGUCUUUUGGAUGAGGCACCCCACGAAGGGCAGUGGUGUCCUUACGUCUGUCUGGGAAGGGAGUGUGAGAUCUGUUUAUCCGUUAACCGCUCUCAUGGCCAUGAUUAUCACUUUUUUUUUUUUAAUUAAUGGGAAAAAACACCGGUCACCUCUGCCAUUUGUGUAGCAACAGAUUCCAUUUGUAGCACAGCUGCACGUUGAAGUGAAAGUCUGAUUGGAAACUGGAGUCUUUCGAUGGCAGGAACUAAUUGAGAAUUUCAUGUAACUUUACAUCGACCAUGAGCCCAUUCAAGUCCUCUCAUUUAUUAUGGGUUAUGUAUGAGGGUUCCAUGUGACAGAUCAGAGCCAAUCAGAAUCCAUGUUUUGUUUUUUGUUCUUUUCUCUGGGCACCAGCUAGGAACGCAGUCACAAAAGUGCAUGCGAGUGACAUGGAGGGUCGCCCCUCACCUGUGGGUGUGUAAUGCUUCUGUGCUGAUUCCCUCUGGAAUAUCCGCUCCCAGGAGAGACCAAUAUCUAGGGCCUCUAGAGUCUCUAGACUGGAAGAUACACACUAUAUCAAUUACUUGGUAGCCUGGACACAAUAUUCUAGCCAAAAUUAGAGGCACCCUUGUUGAAUAACAACUGCGGCUAUUUCGUUUUUGUCCUGAGUCAUUCUUUAAGUUGAGGAUUUCUGAAGCCAGUUUUUAUAUUGUCAUUUAUGUAUUUAAUACCCCCAAACUGCCACUGGCGCAUUGUAAAAUCUUUUACUAAGGGAUUGUCAUUUUGAGAGUUUAAUCAUAUGUGUGUUGGCAUGGCAACUGUAGUGCAAUAAUAUUUUGUAAUGAUUUUCUUUCGUUACCCAUUUAUCUGAAUGUGGCUAGGUGAAAUCGUCUGAGCUGUCUGUAAUACUUUUAUGUAUAUAAUGGUCUCUUUGUAUCUCUUCAUUUGUGUAUGGCUCAGUGAGCUUUAGUUGUCCUUAUUCUUAGAUAUUCUGCUCAUGAAGCCGUUUUGUUGGGGAGAAAAUCCCUGAAACAUUUCCAUGGUGUCAUAUUGUCCCUUUGAAACGCCACCUUGCAUCAGUCCUCACCAUGAUCCACUGAAGUAAGGAUAUAAAAUCUUUCAGUCUUUGUCUUCAGCAAUAAGUUGGCUGGCUCUGCAGGAAGAGGCCCACCACUUGCUGGAAGUUUAAGGAUUUGCCAGCUCGGAAGGGUGUGCGAGUUUGUUCCACCUUUUUGAAAUUGCUUUAGGUUUUAGUCUCAUUUAGUUCCUUUUGUUACAAAAUAUGGAGUCUUGAGCUUUCACUGUAGAUUAUAAUUUUUUUUUUUUAUUAUUUAUUUAGUAGAUGCUUUUGUCCAAAGCGUUGCACAAGCGAGGCAGAUAGUACAUUUUAUAAACAUAUUAGCUAAUCCUUGCUUGGUUUAGCUUUUAGAUGUGAUCUGCCAGGCCAGCGUGUCAAAGUGCAUGAUUAAGGUGACUCUUUAGCAUUCGGCAGAUGGUGGAUCCACUGAAAUUCACCUGCUUGGGAGAUUCUCCAGAAACCGGUCCACCAUCCACUCUUUGUUCUGGAGGAGGAUGGUGCUGAUGCAAGUGACUGGGUUAUAAUGUGUAUCUUCUUAAGUGAGAUAUAUUAAUAUUAAUUAUACAUGGAACCUGGAAACGUAAAACUGCAAAUAUGGUGGGAGGUGUGAUAGUGUGUGUAGCACUGUGUACAAACACUCUCAUCUCUCCAGCCCCCCCCCCCAUUUAUCAUGGUGUAACCUAAAAUCCUGUUUUGCCAUCUUUAUCACCGAAGUGCUCAUUUUUACCGAUGAAUUUGGUGAUCGAAAAAUAUAUCGGAUGUGGGAAGGACUGUUUACUUUAUGUUCAUAAAUUCAUUUCACUGGGAAAAAAAAAUCUUUCAGGCGGGUGUCACCGCUAGCCAAAUGAGCAGCCAGGUCCUUCAGUAAUUCCCCAGGUGGGUGUCUGCGCCAGAAGUGAGCUGAUAAUCACAUUUGUGGAUUAUUGCUCGGACUAUCGGAUUAUGUAGAUUUUACAACAGUGUUUGUUUUUAGCCAUGUUUAUUCACGCUCUGACUGAACAUACACACUAGUCUGUUUUUAUUUGUGUGGAUCGAUUGUACCCAGUUCAAUAAUAAAUGCCUGCAUUAAAAAGGUACCUUGCCACA